AUGGUUUGCAUUACGAAGGCCCUUCUGAACCACAAUCACACUUUGUCCGACAAGGUGUUCAGCAACUACCCCCGAAGGAGAAUUGCCAUCCCUUCUGAGGUUGUUGACACUGUCAACGUCCUCCAAAAAGCUGGGGCAAAGAAAAAAAACCAUUCACCAGUACAUACUGGAGAAUUCUACUUGCAAGCGGUCACUGCUAUAGACAAAGCGCUUGCAUGGCUAACUAAAAUCAACUUUUCUAUCAAGUUGCCAGCCAACUUUGUGGUUCAAUUCGAUGAACGCCUUAGUGACAGGCUCAAAGCGUUGCCACUGACACACGAUUCGGUACGUCCGCUACGUAUAGAAGUAAACUUGCCAUUUUGUCUGUACUCAUAUAAACGAACUGUGAAUUACAGGUGCAUGCUCUCGAACUUGCAGGCAAAGGAAAGGGUGUCUAUCUUGCGAAACUCUGUUCAAAGUGGCGGCGAAUAUGCUUGGUCACCACAGCAAUGUCUCUGUGGUUGA